AUGCGGGCCAGAGACGAGCGGAAGACAUGCUUGGGUCCUCGCUUGGGCUCGAGGAAGGCGCGGCUGACAUGGGUGGAGGAGGUGGGCAGACGGCCCAAAAGUCGAGACGGUGUUGAGCUCGGGCACCGGCGUGGUCACGUGAGCUGUCAAGAAGCCCGAGUAGCCAUGGAGUGUCUGUAUCGUCGUCCCGGCCACUGGCCUGCUGCAGACUUUGAAUUGCCCAGAGCUCGCGCAGUGAUGGUCGUCGGGACCCCGGCCGGGAGCGACACCAGCCACAGGGCUAAUGACACCCGAGGUCAUGAGUGA